AUGAGAAAGGAGGAGGAUGGGAGAACUGAUGGCAAAGACAAGGUCGGCGACAUGGGGUUAGUUCGGGAGCUCUCCGUCGGCGACUGCUGCUGGUGUCGACUGGUGAGCUUCGACGAGAACUGGUACUGCUGGCUGCUGGAUGCUGGGGCUGAAGAGAAGAGGAAGAAGAAGGUCGGGGCUGGUUGCGGGGGGGCGGCGAAUCAGAGGAGAAGAAAGGAGUUGGCUGCUGGGGAGGGAGGGAGCAAGUUCAGCAGCGGCAGCCAGUUCAUCUUUCAGAGUUUCUUUGACUGUCGAACUGGUACAAGAUCAAUCAAACCUCCCUCACCCAUAUCUUCGCAUACACCACCACUCUUUUUAGUGAUAAUCUUCUUGAGAACAAGUUCGUUUGGAAUUUGGAUCAAAGGCGGAGAACUGAGAGCUGUUGGAAGGAACACGAUGAGUGCUUGCUUGGAGGAGGGUCCAAAGUUCUUCAAAAUACUUGUGGAUGAAGACAUUCAAGAGAGUAACAUGCUGGUUCCCAAGAAAUACUCCAUGGACCAUUUUGAUUGCGUCUCUAACCCAGUAACCCUCGAGCUCCCAAAUGGUGAUGCGUGGCUUGUAGAGCUGGUGAGAGAUGAUUUAGGAAAAAGGGUUUGGUUUGGAAAAGGCUGGCAACAGUUCUCACAACAUUACCAUUUCCAACACGGCCAUUUCUUGCUCUUUGAGCUUCUGGGCAACUCCCAUUUCUCUGUAAAAAUAUUCGAUCGAUCUGCGGCAGAGAUGAAGUACUCACAGUUCAUAGUUGGGGUGCCUAAUGGGGAAACGGCAAAAAUUAUUGCUACGGAAGAUGGAGCUGCUGCGGCAGCUGCCACUAACUCUGUCCUGCCGCGGCGGCGGCCAUCUUUCACGAAAGUCAUCGUAAAGAACAGCCGCAAGUCAGGAGUUAACAAUCUUAAUGUGCCUAACAGAUUUGUGGAGACGUAUCUCGCGACCGGAUCGGGAGAGAAGGGAGAUAUCAUGGUGAAGCUCAACGUUGGAGGCGAAUCUUGGGCGGUGAAGGUUGUGAGGUAUGAAAGGAAAACGGGAUGUUGGAUGUCCAAAGGUUGGUGGAAGUUUGCAAUGGAUAACUCUCUCAAAGCAUGGGACCGUUGCACUUUUGAGCUGAGGGACGAAGGAAAUGAGUUCGAUGUCCAAAUCCAGAGAUGUUGA